AUGAAUAUGUCAUCAUCUUCGUCACCACCAGUGAAGAAAACGAUGCCGUUUUUCCAACGCUACCGUGAGCGUAAUGAGCGAUACGACGUUCGAGACGCCCCAGAGGCCAAUGCUGUUGUGAAGAGCGCUCUGCCGAACGACAGCAUUAUCACACAGGCGGAUCGGACCGCAGCAGCGACGACCAGACGCACCUCACCGACCGCAGCGGUCGACCUCGAUGGCGAGAAUAAAGACUGCAAUGAUGAAAUGGGCGACCUCAACGUUCGCCUCGCCAUGCUCAAGGCAUCGCCGACAAACAGAUCACCGGUGCUCGCACCAACCACGUCGAUGCUCCCCCUCCGUCUAAUCGGCAGUGGCUGUCCGAUUACAUUGGUGCUUGACGUUGACGAAACGUUGGUACACUCCUCCGUUGUAAAUAAGGACGGACCGUUCGAUACAUGUUUGAAUGUUGAGGCAAACAAUCGGAAUGUGAACAUUUAUGUGAAGUACCGCCCAUUCCUUCACGAGUUCCUGAACGUUGUGUCUCGGAUGUUUGAGGUUGUUAUAUUCACUGCAAGCCAUUCUGCGUACUGCACGGCUUUGAUGGAUCAACUUGAUCCGGAAGGCAAGCUGGGCUUCUUGCGGCUCUUCCGCGAGCACUGCACGAAGUGUGACGGCUCGUUCGUGAAGGAUUUGUGGCUUUUGGGGCGCCCUCUGAACCGAAUUAUUCUGCUGGACAACAGCCCUACUGCCUAUUUAUUUCAGCCGCGCAACGGUUUGCCGAUCGUUUCCUGGUUUGGUGACCCAAAUGAUUGUGCCCUUCUGGACCUGAUACCACUCUUGGGGAGACUUUCGUGUGCUGAUAACGUAUAUGGCCUCCUCGAUGACUACAAUGCACGCAUUAACUGGCGAUAUAGGCGUUCCCAGCGUUGA